GGAGGGGCGUGUCCCUUGCCGCCAUUUUGUUGUGGCCGCCGGGCGGGCUGUUUCCGGGUUGGAGGGCCCUCAGCAGAGAGACCUUCGGAAGGAAGCUGUGAUGGACCGAUUGGAGUGAUUCAUUCCUCCCAUUCACCACUGUUGAAUCUGCCAGAUUUCUGAAAACCCCUCAAGGCAUUUCAAUUUGAUAUGGUUGAUGAGUGACCAAAAGUUAUCUUUACGCUGAGCCAGCAGGAAGAUGCCAAUACCACCUCCCCCUCCCCCUCCCCCUGGACCACCCCCACCUCCGACUCUCAAUCAGGCUAACACAGACCCUCCAAAAUUGAGCAGAGAUGAACAGCGAGGGAGGGGGGCCCUCUUACAAGAUAUCUGUAAGGGGGCCAAGUUGAAAAAAGUGGCCCAAGUCAAUGACCGGAGUGCACCGAUCAUUGAAAAAUCCAAGGGCGGUGGUGGUGGCUACAGCUCUGGUGCAUCUCCCCUGCAACCGAGGGGGGGCCUAUUUCAAGGUGGUGUCCCCAAGCUCAGACCAGUGGGAGUAAAGGACAAUUCAGACAGCCCCUCGGGGAAGCAGUCACUGCAAGUUCCUGGGACCAGAUCAGUCGCACCACGGCCUGCUGUUUCUUCUUCUAGUGGCCGACACCAAGAUGAUGCAGAUAAUAACCGGGCUUCUCCCCCUGAGCUUCCACGUACCCAGAGACCUUCUUUACCUGAUCUCUCACGGCCCAAUAGUGCCAGCAGUGCUGGCAUGAAACAUAGUUCCUCGGCGCCACCGCCUCCACCACCUGGACGUCGAGCCAAUGCACCUCCUGCUCCUCCUUCCAUGCACAACAACAAAGUACCUUCCUACAACCGUGAGAAGCCAUUGCCGCCAACUCCAGGGCAGCGACUUCCAGGAAAUCGGGAAGGCCCCCCAGCUCCUCCCCCUAUUAAGCCACCUCCUUCUCCAGUGAACCUCCGAACGGGACCAAGCAGCCAGGGCCAGUCUCUGGCACCCCCUCCUCCACCCUACCGGCAGCCCCCUGGUGUCCCCAAUGGUCCAGCCAGCCCCACCAAUGAGUUGGCCCCUGAGCUUCCACAGAGACACAAUUCCUUGCAUAGAAAGACACCAGGGCCUACAAGGGGUAUGGCGCCUCCCCCUCCCCCAUCAGCUUCCCCUUCUUUACAGAGCAGUCGGCCCCCACCUCCUGCCCGUGAUCCUCCAAGCCGUGGCGCAGCCCCUCCACCACCACCGCCGCCCAUGAUCAGAAAUGGUGGCAGAGAUGCACCACCGCCUCCCCCGCCCUACAGAAUGCAUGGGACUUCAGAUACAACGAGCCGCGGGAAACCGCCCCCACCACCCACCAGAACUCCAGUUGGACCACCCCCUCCACCCCCACCAAUGAGAAAUGGGCACCGGGACUCCAUCUCGACUGUUAGGUCUUUUUUGGAUGAUUUUGAAUCUAAAUACUCCUUUCAUCCAGUUGAAGACUUUCCAGCUCCAGAAGAGUUCAGGCAUUUCCAGAGAAUUUAUCCCAGUAAAACUAACAGAGCUACUCGCGGAGCUCCUCCUCUGCCUCCCAUUCCCAGGUGAAAAAUGGACAUCUUUGCAGAGUACCGCGGCAAAUGGACCUGUGUUCUCAGAUUUCCCCCCUGCCUUCCAAUACUUCAAAAACCUGCAUGAGAAACACAUUCCUGGUAUAUUGAUCCCCUCCACCCUAAACGGUUGCAAAAGCCUGGAUGAAUAUACAAUUGCUGUCUUCCAUCUAUGCAUUUCACUCCCAGACUCAAAAGGACAUCUGUUAUCACAACUGGGUGAGAAGCAUCUUCUGCAGCUACACAUUGCUUUCUCAUUUUCCCAGCUCUUCCUAUCAUGGAGGGAGGGCCCCCAGUUCAUUCACCAUUGCUGUUCAAAAACAAGGGCACCGUGGAUAUUCUCUAACAAUGAAAGUUAAAUAGAACAGUUUUGGAACUGUGGGCCAAGUUGAAGUACCCAUUUGUAGAUACUUGCAUAGCAUAAGCAAGGGGAAUUGACCAUAUGUUGUAUGCAGGUGGGGAGCUCUGAUUUUUACAAGGUGCAACAUUAAAAAUACUACAUAGCUAUUCUAUUUUUAAAUGCAAACACUACAUACUAACACGUUAUGUAACUUGAAGAAAAGGAGGGAUGAAAAACAAGUAUCAACAGCAUUUUUCAGAGCAAACUUCUCAAUGAUGUAGCAGUAUCCUUCAUAGCACAAGAAAUACUUGGGAUGUGCAGCAGUUGCUCUGUUUUAGGUGUUAUCUUUGUCCUGCUGGUCUGGAGCCAUUGUCAUUCCCUGAAUGUCAACUCUUCCAAAUAGCUGCUGGCACUCCAGUUGAAGCUGUCAUGACCCAUAAUCAUGCUGUAUCUGUGCACUGAAUAGAUUAUUACAUAUGGUGCCAUUCGUGCUACAUAGAAUUUGGAUUAGAGACAAGGCAUACAGAAAACAUUGUUGGAUGGCCUAGUGUUGAUAGCAGGCUGGAAGAGUGCAACCAUAUAGUGUGCCCACAGACAGUAAAUUUGUGGACUAGAUGGUGCAGCAGUUCAAGGCAAGAUGCGCCUCACAUUGUUAUUUUAGGGAUUUUGACAUAGACUGUUAGACUGUGACAGCUCUUUUCUUCAAGGAGAUCAAAUCUUCUCGCAGAGAGAGGCACAGUUCUAUCUUACCUCUUUAUGUCAUUGUGGUGGCUCUGUUUCCUGUGUUCAUUCCUCCAUCAGCAAUCAUAUUUUGCCUUACCUUUUUUGUUUGGAGUGGCAAAUGAACAUUGGUUUGCUGCCUAUGUCACCAAGGGUAUCAAAUGGAGAAGCAUUUGGCUGUAGUUUUGAACAGGAAAGUCCCUCCUGCUAUUACUGUGUCUGGUUAAAAAAUUAACUCUGAAAUAAUAAACCAGCUGUUCUAACUCAAAAUUAUUUACUAAUAGUUAAUAACCCACCCCAUCAAAGUUACUUUUAGAGGUCAGGGAUGCUAGAAAAAUGUCUCCUAUGGUUUGUUUCUUUUUGUCAGGUGUAAACUCCUUACAACGAUGUUCUAAAUCUAAUGUGGGUUUCUUACAUUGUGGCUUAGAAAACCUAUGUUUCAGGUCAGAAGAGAGCCUUUCCAUUUUUUUCUCCUCAGCCUCUGUCUCCGUGGAUGUACAGUCUGCGGAGAAUUCACUGCUAGGCUGUUAACCAAUAGAAUGAAGUGCCCAGUCCCAGGUUGAGAACAAUUAAUUCAGGCCUGGAGCUGAAGCAGUUUCCCUUUCCUCUUCUUACCCCUUUCCCAUUAAUAUUUUGUUCGACCGAUUAUAACAUCAGAGGAAGACUCUGGCUAGUUGGUUAGGUUUUGGCCUUACACAGUACUUCUGUUAUGUGAUUGAUACCAGAUUUAUUAUAAUUGUGUGUAUUUACUCUCAAAUAACAUGGGAAUGGGGAAAUGUGUGUUAUAAUCAUAAAUAUUGAUCUAUUUUAUAUGUUGUAAAAAGUUUGUAGGCUUGCCAGCCAUACACUAUAAAAGUUCUUCACCUUCUGCUUUUAUUUUUUUCCCCGUUUUGAUGAUGGAAAUUCAUCUGUUUUUGUUUUUUUUUUUUUAGUUAAUGACCAGGCAGCCUCUCAUGUUGAGGGGCUAGUGCUUGGUUGGAGGCAUUUCUUUUUUUCUUCUGGAGGAAAAUUAAAUCUUGCCUGGUAUACCUCACUGGGAAGAGAUGUUAAAUGCGCUAUGCAUUUGGGAUGGGGAUAGGGGUGUUUAAUUUUUUUUUACUGUUACAUUCCUUGUAACAUUAGUUUUCCAGUAACUAAAACCUUUGUUUGGGAAGCAACUGUGAAGGGGGUUCCUAAGCUUGAAAUGGCAGUUGAAUGAAAAACUUAAUAAAAGAGGCACAUGUGUUGUACUUGCACGUUUUGGGACAAAGCACUGCUUUAUUCUUCCAUUCCAUUUUUUCUCUUCCUGUAGUUAUGUUUGGUUUGUUCUGUCUGGCUAGGAGGGAUGUGUUUGCUUUUUCUUGCUGAUCAAGAGUGUUUGUACAAAGGGAAGUUAAUGCACACAGACAUUUUCCAAUUUCACCCUUUCCCAAAAGCUCAGGACAGGUUUAUACAGCAUUUCAAUCAAAUAAACAAUGCUUAGACUGAUAACUACUAUUGAGAUGAUGUCAGUUUGUUCUCAAAAGUCAGAGGAAGACUCUGCCAAAAUGUGUUUGAGCUUAAAGAUUGUUGCCAUUCUUUGUGGUCAGAGACUCUGAGCCAGCCAGUAUAAUUAGAUUGAUAUCACUUAAUUGUUUUUCCCUUGGCCAUACCAUUUGAGGUUGUUGGUGAAGGGAUUGAAUGCUUGAGGACUGACACCAUCUAAAAAGCUCUUCUUACUUAGAAUAAAAGUCAGAAAAACAUACCAUACUUGGUAUUAAAACACCUGUCCUGUUUUGUUAUCGUAAAUAGUAAUACAGGAUAAGCAUUUUAAUUAAUAUAUAUAUAUAUCUAAUCCUCUCUGAACAAACACCAAGGAAUGGCAUUCCAAGAUACCAAUUUUGUAACACUUUAUAUAAUAUCUGUAGCUGCUCUUUUGAGAUUGUUUCUAAGCUUUAAGUCAGACUGUAACUUGGACAUACAUCUUUAUAGAGCUAAAGUUUCUGGUUUCAAAAAUGUUCUACGAAUUUAGAUUCUUGGUCCAAGCGGGCAUGGACAGACUUUGGCCCUUGAAGUUCCACGAUUCCUAAUAAUAAUAAUAAUAAUAAUAAUAAUAAUAAUAAUAGUAAUCUUUAUUUAAUACCCCGCCACCAUCUCCCCAAUGGGGACUCAGGACAGCUUACACGAGGCCAAGCCCAACAGCAUAUUACAAUAAAGUAAAACCAAAACAGAAUAACAACAUAGUAAAAUACAUACAACAUAUGAGUGCAACGACGAUAAAGCAAAAUCAUACACAGUAAAAUGACAAAGCAUAACAAUGAGCGGGGCCGCAUGUGAAAGAUAAAAAUUAAGAUAUUAAAAAUACUAAAAUCAGGAUGAGAUGGGGAUGGAGCAGAUUGCUUGUGGGGGAGAAACUCGUAAAGGAACGGGGUCAUAAAUAUAGAUCUUCAUACAGGUGGGGAAUAUACUCUGGGGACAAAAACCGUUGAGAAGGAGCAACUGUGUAUGAUUAUAUGACUACUCUACAAAACAGCUGGUAGGCUGUUGGGAACUGUGGGAGUUGAAGUCCAAAAUACCUGGAUGGCCGAAGUUUGCCCAUGCCUGGUCUAAAGGAUAAAAUUUAAAUAUCUACAAGCCUUUAGAUGUGAAAUGCCCCCAAGACAGAUUGCAUUUUGUGAUGUACAUUUAGAGAACUGGCCACAAGUGGCUUUUAAAUUGGUGCUGUGUGCCAUUGUAGACAAUGUUCUAAUGUCCUGGGUGCAACUCUUCUUCCAGAAAGUGUGGGAUUUAAAAAACAGCAUCUAGCCCCCCUGUAUUAUAUAGAAAUUCUUGGAAAUGCAGACUGGUGAAAUAAAUGGUUGGGUAAAUUGUAUUGUAUUGUUGGUCCUUGGAAAGGCCGGCACAGUUCUUUCAUUUCAUGGUUAACUAAAGUAAAAUACAUUAUUCAGAACAGUAAAUGCGAAAACAGAGUUUAUGUGAAAUCACACAAACUGGCUUAAUUUGAAUGACAUACAGGCUGCAGAAAUCCACAUUUCACGCGAUGAGGGUUAGAACUACCCUGGUUGAGUUUUUUGUAGUGCGAGUUAUAGGCAUGUGCUGCAAAUGAAUGGCGAAACAGUAUGAAUGUACCAGGGAACAAGUAUCUGUGGUAGAGUGUAUGUGAUUGAAUGGCAAGUUCUUCAAGCUUCACUCACUGUGCCUUACCCUUAAAUGAGAUGUGUGUGUUAUGUUUUGGAGCAGGGGAAUCACUUUCUCAACAUGCGGUCUCCCCUAAGCUUGUAUACACUGUAUUUGCUGACUUUGAUGCUUUUAACACUAACAUUAUCUUUGACUAGAGAACACUAUUACUCAUGUGUCUCCAAGAACCAGAAUAUGGAUCACAUGCAACUAGGAAUUCUCUUGAUAAGGUAUUUGGGAAGCUUUUGUCUUCUAAAUCUCCUUUAAAAUGUUUUUGCUGCAGAUAAAUUGGCCACAAAGAUUUUGUGCAAGCCUCACUCCCACAAACUGAGCUACCAACAUGAGCACAGAUGGUUUUCCUGUUGGGAUCCUUGUAUGAAUAGAGCACAUGACUGGUUUUAUACUAAAUACCUCCUUCCUAAUUUUUUCCCUUAGUGGCACCUGCACAUUUCUUUUAAAGUUCAUUGUCAGCGGGUAGAAAUUUAAGAUGCAAGUGAACAGAAAAGAUGUGUGCAGUUAGGCAGCAGUGAGUAGCUGUGUUGCAAAGAUAGAAGUGCACUGGUUACAGCUCUGAGCAGAAUAUGUAGAUUUUGAUAAUCUGCAUCUCUUUCUCCUGAGUCUAUAUACCAUUCAUCACAAUCUUACCUUUAUUUCUAGUUAACAUAUUACUAGCUUCCAUUGAUCUUACACCAAUGAUAUCUGCAAAACCUCUAGAAAAUCUGGUUGAAGAGAGGAAAGAGGGGACUUCAUUUUCACUCCUUACCUAUUAUGUUUGAUGGUGCCUCUUUUAUUGAUUCACUAUUUUGGAAAAACACUGUACCUGACCCACAGUAAGUGAUGCUGUCUCUACUGAAAAUGUAACUGCAUCCGAUGAUGCACAAUCAAAUCUAUGUCCAUGAUCUAAUAAAUUAAUCAAAUGCAAA